AAAAACCUUAAUAAAAGAAUGCAGGGGAAAGCCCUACCGUUUUUCUCCAGUUGUUGUCCUGAUUACCCUCAGAACACUUCCAAAAUCUUUUCUUUUGUUUUCUUCGUCACUUAUAGCUGUCAAACCUCUCUUUCGACUUCUGAGCUGCUCCCUUUAUUUCUUCCGGUUUUUACGGUUUCAGCUUUACUUUCCCUGUUCUUCCACCAAACUGUUCUCGUCUCUGGUCCCGCCGCUAUUCGCCCUUCUCUGGUUUUUGUCCGAUGGAAAUCUCCUCCCUUGAAUCUCUCAGCAGAUCCUUGCAUUUGAGAAGAGAGGGUCGAGAUAGUGGGCUUCCGUGCGAGGAGAAAUACUUACCUUUCAUCUUCCUGUUCGUUUUGUAUCGUGAACCCUAACUUUGCAACAGGGUUCUUGUUAUAGAAUGGAGUUUGGGGAAGGAGGAGGCGGUGGAUCGCCUCGUGUUGCCGUAGAUGGUGUUCCUAAGCAGCAAGCAAAGAGGAAGAUGAAGACUCCCUCUCAAAUAGAUGUUCUUGAGAAGGCUUAUACUGUUUCGUCGAGGUUGUCGGAGCAGAUGAGGCAGGAGCUGGCCCAGAAGACAGAACUAUCAUCCCGGGAGAUAUCAAUGUGGUUUGCGAACAAGAGGUUUCAGGGGAAACAGGCCCAUUUGCCCAGGGAGCCUAAAAAGGAGGAGUUCAGUCCACUCCCACUUCACUCUAGCCCUAAUGGCGGUGGAAGCGGAUUUGUGUUAGCUGCUUGCCAUUUCAUGGAUUCCGACACAAACGAAUCAUCGAUUAGAGAAGUGUGUAGUAAGCUUACCCGACCAAAGCCGGCAGCUCCACAGCUCAAAAAGAAGACUCAAUUGCAGCAUAUGAUGUCACAACAGCAGCCAUCACAUGAGGCAUUGGAUCCUUUGGUGCUGACUUUUAUGGAGAGGAAGUUGGGAGGAAGGCUAAGAGAGGAUGGUCCACUUGUUGGAGUAAAUUUUGAUCCUCUGCCGCCUGGUGCAUUUGGAUCCCCAUUGUGUGGUGGCAAUGAAACGGUGAGGAAGCUAAAACAGCCAACUCGAGCUCCAAAAGGCAAAUCUAUUUUGAAACAGAAUGCGGGAUCCAGUAAGGUGUCAUCUGUAUUCCAACGAACAGAUUCUAGCUGUAUGCAAAACCCAAUUUGGAGAAUGCCAAUUGAUGAAGUUGGUUCUUCAGUUAAUCUUGAUUCAGUUCAUAAUCUUGGUAGUAAGUUGCCAUGUUUUUCUUCUGGGAAGCAGCAUCCUCAAAAAAAAGAAAUGCAUCCAAGCCAUUCUCUUCAAGCAGAUGCUCAAUUUACCAUUUACCCAGUCAAUGAUAUUGUGGAUAAAUUUGUAUUGACUGAUACGCUGACCAAUGAUGUUACUUCUCAAAUGGAGAGGCUACACAAGAGUAAAGAGACUCAAACAACAGACAAAGUUGAAGUCUUGGAUAGGUUGGUAGCAUGUGAGAAACAAUGUAUUAAAAGAAAGAGUGAGGUGCAGGCACUGAUUGACAAAGAGAUGUAUGAUCAUGAAAGGCACAAUGGAGAAGCUGUUAUUCUUGAAAGACGAUCUAAUGAGGUGACUUUGCAGUAUGUUGAUCAACCUGUCUGCUACAAAAAGGCACUGAAUAAAGUAAACAUGGAAGAAGAGAAGGUGAGGCAACAAGAAGAACUGCAAUUGGGGACAACUGCCAUGGAGGAAGCUGUUAAUAAAACAUUUAUAGCUCAUGGAAAUAUCCAAGGGAACAUGCAACUUAUAGAGGAUGAACAACUUGAAUUGAUGAAGCUAGCUGCGUCAAGUAAAGGCUUACCAUCCAUUAAUUUACUUGACAAUGAUACUUUGGAUACGCUUCAUUCUUUCCAAGAUAUGUUAGGUGCAUUUCCUCCCGAAUCAGUCUUAAUGAAGAGGCCUUUUGCUGUUCCGCCGUGGACAGAUUCUGAUGAGAAUGUUGGAAACCUGCUCAUGGUUUGGAAGUUCUUAGUUACUUUUGCUGGUGACUUUGGACUUUGGCCUUUCACCCUUGAAGAGUUUGCACAAGCUUUACAUGAUCAAGAUUCGAGAUUGUUGGGAGAGAUACAUGUUGCCCUGCUGAAAUACAUUAUUAGAGAUCUUGAUGAUGUCAAAAAUGCUCGUGCCUACAUACCAUGCGGUAUUGAAGAUAAUUCUGAUAAAUUUGGGAUUACGUUUUUGAACAUUGUUGAUGGGGCCCAGGAAUGGGGUUUUGAUAUACACUUCUGGAAGAGCAAAUUAAAUUUCUUAACAUGGCCUGAAAUAUUACGCCAGUUUGCUCUGUCAGCUGGAUUUGGGACUAAAUUGAAGAAGGCAGGCUAUGCAUGCUGCCAUGGCGACAAGAACGGUGUGAAUGCUGGUGAUCGGGUUGCAAGUUUAGAUAAAAAUGUUGGUGGAAGUAAUUCUGCUCUUGUGCAACAAAAAGAUAAGAGCUCUUCCUGUGACAGUAGUUAUCAAUUAACUACUGGAACUUUGGAGUUUGCCGUAUUUCAUACUCUUUUACUCAUUGGAAGUGAAGGACUGACACCAGUUGAGGUUGCAGACUACAUUAAGGAACAUAGAUUAUACGACCUUACAACAAUAGAGUCGGCACAUACAUCUAUUAACAGUAUUCUAGCAAAAGAUGCUGAGCUUUUUGAAAGAGUUGGUUCAAUCACAUAUCGUGUGAAGCCUUGUUUUGGGAAAGAUCCUUCCAUUGUUGAGAAGAUAUUAAAUGGUGCUACUAAAAGCAUACAGUUGUACGGGACUUCGCAUUUUGCAGUAAAAUUAUCUGACCGAAAUUUUGAGGAUCUAGGUCUUGCUGAUAGAGAUGAAGACUUUGGGGACAGUUUUGAUGAACACCCUUUAGGCGGUAAAUUUACCAGCGAAAGCUCGUGUGACUUAAAUAGUACUAAAGUAUCAACUUCCUUGAAUAAAUCAACUCAAUAUUUACAUCCUGAUGAGCCUGGACUGAUAAAUGAAACUGGGUUCGAAAAUGUGGAUGGAGUUUCUUUGUUGUUUCUUGAAAGUGCGGAAGAUGAAAAUUUUUUAAGCAUGCAGAAUGAUGAAUUCUUUGAAUCCAUUCAUGAGGUUAGCAGUGCUAGUGGAGAUGUAAAGAACAGUGAGCAAUUUUCUGAAUCAUGGGUUCAAGAAUUGAUUGAAGGAGAGUAUUCUUCUUUAAGCACCGAAGAGCGUCUCAAAGUGCUAGUUGCUUUAGUUGGUGUGGUUGUUGAGGGAAACUCGUUCCAUAUUUUUAUUGAGGAACGCUUGAAAGAAGCACAGGCCUCUAAAAAGAUGAUGUUGGCAAAGAUGCGAUUGGACAGAAAGCUGCAUGAAGAAGUAUAUGGUAUUAUGGACGAUAGUACUUGUGUUCAUGCAAAUCCAAAAUCUUUUAAUAAGCAGGCUCCUGAUUUAUGUCGUUAUAGUACUCUUAACGAUGUCUCAAGUCAGAAAAAGGAAUUGGGGCAGCAAUUUUCCUCCAAUUCAAGCUGUAUUCUACCCGAGCCGCUUGAACAUGCCCCAGCAUCGGAUUUAUCACAAUUAGAGUUGUACAUUGACCGGACUGCAGAAAUGCUACAUCCAUUCAGAUUUUUACCGUUGGGUCUAGAUCGUAGGCACAAUAGAUAUUGGCAGUUUUCAACAUCUUCAUCUCGGAAUGAUCCAGGCUCUGGAAGAAUCUUUUUUGAGUCUAAAGAUGGGUUUUGGAGGGUUAUUGAUUCUGACGAGGCAUUUGAUGCUCUUCUAGCUGUGCUGGACACCCAUGGGAUCCGAGAAUCACAUUUGUGUUUUAUGUUGAAACGAGUUGAGAUAAUGUUCAAAGAUACUACCAAAAGGCGCAAAAGCAGAGAAUUUUAUGCGGAAUCUACAACUGAUACUCUGCAAACGACUCUUGCUCCUGAUUCUUGCACUGCUAAUCAUAAUAUUAGUAGCAUUUCAGUUCUUCCUGCGUAUGACACCAUACAAAGUUCAGCAUCACUAAAGAUUGAUCUUGUCAGCAAUGAGGAGAGUUCUGCUUCAAAGAAGUACCUAAACUUUAUGAAAUGGAUGUGGGAGGAGUGCUUUAAUCCUCGCUUACUAUGUGCAAUGAGAUAUGGAACCAAAAGAUGCCUUCAGCUACUUGAAACUUGCCAUAUCUGUUACCAGCCUUACUUGGCUGAUGAAAGGCAUUGUGCGAGUUGCCACCUGACUUUUGGCAUCCCUAUGAAUGGUUAUGAGGAUUUCUCUGAACAUGUUGGUCGUUGUGAGGCAGAUUUCAAACUACAAAUAUCAAUUCCCUUUAUUCCCAUCAGUAUCCAGCUGCUGAAAGCACAGUUAGCAAUUAUUGAGGCUUCAAUUCCAAUGGAAGCGUUUCACCCCCUCUGGGAUGAUAGCUAUCGCAAAUCAUGGGGUAUCAAGUUGAAGCUUUCAUCAUCUGCGAGGGAGAUUUUCCAGAGCCUCACUAUCUUAGAGAAUGCAAUUAAGCCAGACUGUUUGUGCCCAGAUUUCGUUACAACUAAUGAACUGCUAAGCUCUGAAACCGAUUUCCUUGGUAAUACAUCUACUGAAGCGGUUCGACUAAUCCCAUGGAUUCCUGAGACAACUUCUGCGGUAGCAUUGAGACUUUUGGAUCUUGAUUGCUCCAUUCCUUAUAUGCUGCAACAUGGACGAGAACCUUUAGAAGGCACGGAAGCUGGAGAGUUCCUUGUUCUUCCACGCUCUACUGUUGUGGAGCCUGCUCAUCAGGUGGAAUCAGCCAUCUCUGAUAACACUGAUGACCAAAACGGAGGUCAGGGGUUUCAUACUGUGGAGAACUGCUUGCAUCAGGAACCCGGUUAUGAUGGAGGAGGGCAAAGAAGCUGCACUAAUAUGCAAAAUAUAAUUCAUGGUGAAGAUAACUCAGACUUGGAGGAUUUCAGUUCCAGUGGAAACAGCGAUGAAGUUGAAAUCAACUUUGAAUCCUCAGAUAGCUUGCAAGGAGUUAAAAUUCCUGCAACAUGGUCCUACAAAACGAAUGCAGAAUCUGCAAAUAUAUAUUCUAAAGCUGGAGUCAUGGAUGAUGAAGAUGAAGAAAGUGCACAUAAAGAUGAGUUUGGUGGUGGAGAGGCAGUGGAGAGUAAUGAAUGCCAUCGUUGGCAGGAAACUGUGAAUUCUUAUUUCGAAGGUUACUUAGACGAACAAGAGAGUGAAGGUAGAAAUUCAAAAAUUGUAUUAGAGCAGCUGGAGGAUCGCUGGGAUGUGAAAAAUAGCCGUUGGGAGAUUGCCUUUUCUACUAAAAGUGCAGAUGGAGAGGAAAACUCCUCUUCUGUGAACACAAAAUAGAUAGUUCUUAGUACAGAGAUCAUGAUUCCGAAAUUAUUUUAAAACUUGCAGCUUCAGAGUGAAGUUCCUCAUCUUCGGAUAACUAGCAGAAACCUGUUAGUUAUUUUCUACAACCUUACACCCAGAAUGUUAUUAGAAGUAAGAAAAUAUGCCUCUGAUGAUUUAAUAACUUAGAAUAGUUAUUGAGAACUCCAGUAAUUGUAAUUGAUUUCUAUGAUUGUUUAGCGAUUGAGGCUACCGGUGGUCUUCAUAGGGAUUAACAGAGAAACCAGAUUAGUGUGGUAAAGCCAUUUUUUUUUUGCCAGGGCCACCACUUACAUGAAAUGAAUCAUUUAGGAGUAUAAUGAUUUGUAUAUGAAAUUUAACUUAUACUGUCUUGAACUGGUUUUUGUAAAGGUUGACAAUUCUAUUCUCUUGACACAUUAGCAAUGGACAGAAGAACACACUAAUUAUUCAA